AAGUAGACCAUUAAGUGUGUGAACCGCCGCUCUAUCAUUACGCAGUGUACCAGUUGGCACAUCUUCAUCUGUCGCAGUGGACCCAAGUUAUCACAGCAUCAGUCUGUCGGUGCCCGCCGUCUCGAGAGGAGAUAUUGGAUGCCCGGUCUGUCGGUGUAUACCUCUGAACGAACCGACAGCCACAACCUAGCGAGCGUGCGCCAGUUUUGACACUAGUAUCGUGUGUUGAUAUCAGCAGUGACGCUAACUGAACAGUGUUGUCGCCUGUGUUUCAAAAGCGUGUCUCCUCUGUAUAACUCUGUUAACGAGUGAGCCCAAGGGCUGCUGUAUGAGCUACAUGAAUCGGAUUUGGUGACUUUUCGUUUGUUAUUCUCGGAAUGGAAAUGAAAACAGAAAGUGUCAACGAACGGCUUCAAGAUAUGUCGACCCCGGGACUUCGGGAUGAAGACAUCAUUCGACCACCGAGUCGUAGUGAUAGUGAAAUAAGUGUUGGGUGUGAGGAUGAACAAAAGCGUUCGGACGGAUCCCCAAUGGAUAUGAGCGCAGAAGCGCAUUUCUCCACGGAAGACGAUGGUGACGUGGACACUGAAGUAGAACCUCACUCUCCCUCGACUUCUCGAGGAGGUCAUUCCCCGGCUCUGUCAUCGGCGUCAGUUCACACAGAAUCUUUUAAUUAUUUAUCCGAUGAUGAAUAUUUUAGACCAUUAAAGAGGUUAGCCAUGUCGAGCACAUCCCCAACUCCUUCAGAGCGACGACCGAACUCUAGUUCGUCCAAUCCUCCCAUUCCUUCUCCACUGACAUGUUCAAUGGACGCCUCCCGACAGAGUUGCUCUUCUCCCACGAAAAAAUUGCAGGAGGAUGCAGAGGCUGAGGAACGCCAGCAGAGAAUAGAAAGGUCACUCGAGGAGGAGAAAAACAACCGCUUACGAUCUUUUUCUAUUCUUGAUAUUUUAUCUUAUAAACCCUCUCGACGGAAAUCAUCGGUUCCAGUAAAGAUCGUACGGCCUUGGGACCGAGAAGAGAAUUCGCGUUGUGAAAAAAUUCAGCAACGGAAUCAUCAAGAUAAAAGCGAAGGAACUAAAUCAAGCAAAACUAACGAUAAAGGAGGUGCAUUAGACGCUCUCUUCAAAAUGACCAACAAAACUCUUGAUAAUCUCAACAAGGAAGAUAAAACAGAUGCUUCGAGCCUCUUCAAUAACAGGCAGCCUCCCAAGAAGAAGCGAAAAAGUCGGACGGCCUUCACAAAUAACCAAAUUUUUGAGCUUGAGAAAAGAUUUCUUUAUCAGAAAUAUUUAUCGCCAGCAGACCGAGAUGAUCUUUCACAGAACCUUGGCCUGAGUAAUGCACAGGUAAUCACGUGGUUCCAGAACAGACGAGCGAAGUUGAAGCGCGACAUGGAGGAGUUGAAGCGCGAUGUCGAGAACGCUAAAGUGAUCACAUCGAGCAUCUCGACGAGCCUGGCGAGCAGCUUACCACCGAGUAUAUCUGAGAAAACCUUACUCGAGGCCUCGGUCAACAUGGCCGCCUUUAUGAAGGCCCGAGAGUUGCCCAAAAUGCCCACAAUCGUAAGCCUGCCUCGGUAGUGGCCUUCAUGAAGGCUGAAGAGCUGUCGAAGAUGUCCACAAUCUGAAACCUGCCCGGUAUAGUGGCCUUCAUGUAGGCUGUAGAGCUGUCGAAGAUGCCCACAACCGUAAGACCGUCUUGGUUGCAGCCUUCAUGAAGAUCACAGAGCUGCUGAAAUCGCCCACAAUCGCAAGCCUUCCUCGGUAGUGGCCUUCAUGAAGAUCUUAGAGCUGCCGAAGAUGCCCACAAACGUUAGCCUACCUCGGUAGUGGCCUUCAUGAAGGCACUGGUACUGAAAAAAAGCCCCCACAAUUGUAAACCUGCCUCCCUGCUGGGUAAAGUGGUAGCAAUGUUUGUGAUGAAUCCCAAUGAAUGUUAACCGACUUUUAUCUUUAGAUUAAUUUAAAACGUUCAGUGGUAGUAAUGGACGCAAAAAAAUGCCCGCAUUCCUAAUUUGGACGAAUCGUGAAGAAACUUGAUGGAAGAGGAUGGCGGAAUGGAUAAAACAUUUGAAGAAAAAAUCCAUUUUAUUGAAAAUCCAUUAACUUUAAAUAAUGAAUUCGAAAGAAAAUUUGGUUGAACCGUCCUGACGUAUUCAUUCACUGGAAUGAAGUAAAAGAUGAGUUCUUGAAAAUACUUAGGUAUAUUUUAUAAUUCCUGAUACCGUCUUAGGUGAAAAGUGGCGAAUCCUAUACAUUUCAGCUCUUCAUUAAUCAAAAAAGAUCGAUUACCUGAUAAGCCUUUUGAGACGCUUCUCUGGUGACAUAAAAAUAACAUUUUUAUUCCACUCGUGUGAUAUUUCGAGAACCGAAACUCCGACUAUUUUUCCAGUUUGUGUUAGAUAAACUGAAAAAAAAGCUGCGUAGUUCCGCCACUAAUCCACGGAAAUGUCACAAUGUAUUUCGUGUAUUUCGAAAAAUGAAGCGUUGAAAGAUCGUGUGAAUAUUCUAGCUGUACAUGUUUAUGAAAUUAUGAUUCCUAUCUUUUAUAGCUGAAUAAUGUUAGGCCGUAGAAAAUAGAUGCAAUUUGCCAAAUAUUUUAAUGUAGUUCUGAUUCAUAUAUAUUCAACAUAGUUAUUCUGGACAAAACGCUGCGGAAAUUUUAUUAGAAAAUUAAUAAGUAUUCGUCUUAUAGGUUUGAUUGAACACCGAAACAUAAUGCUGGCUUCACGAAUGAAUAGUCUUAUUCGUGAAGGCUGGGGAAAAAAUUAUGAAUUAUUGGUCGAUUGCAGAUUUUCAAAAUCAAUUGAUGCUGUUAUUUGAUACAAUCAAAUUCUAUUGGAUGUACUACUACACAUUAUUAUCAAAUUUAUGUAACUUAAAAACAUUUUUCUCGAGCUAAACGCGAAAUUCAAUUUAAUUUAAACCUUUAAUACUAUUUCGAAUAAUAUUGCAAUUGCUCAUUCAUUUUUAGGACAAUUUAUGUUUCUAUAUUCCAUUUAAAUGAGAAGCUGUCAUUAGGUUUGCUCUAAAAUUCCGAAUAGAUCAGUGACUUAGUUGAUAAUUAUUCAAUAAAUUAUUUUACGGAUAUUAUUUGUUAACUGUUUUUACUUAUUGGUUUCUAAAAGAGUUAUGUUUGUAUCGCUCUUUUAUUUAAUUGUCUUUCCUAGAAUUAUUUUUUGGUGUUUGUAUAUAUGAACAUAUCGAUCCACCAAUUAUCUAUUUGUCGAUGUUAUUUAAUGUAAUAAAUGAGAAAAAAUUUU